AUGUCGCUCGAUACAGCCUACUUCAUAUAUUUCGCAAUUCACGUGCCACUCACUCUUCUUAUAGAUGAUACUUUCUUGAUUCCACAAAAAUACCAACUAUCUGUACAGAAGGAAUUGUACAAAUACCAAGUUACCCACAACAAGGACUUCUUAGCCGCCGAGUUGCCUAUUUGGAUGAAGUAUUUUGUCGCUGUUGAACUCAUUUUCCAACUUCCAGUUUUCAUUACUUGUAUCAUCAGUUAUUUUAAAAGUGGGCCACAGAAGCGGAUCAGCCGCUGUCUAUACCCAUUCAUGUUGAUGUAUGGAUUUAAUGCUGCAUUUACCAGUUUGCAAUGCCUCAUUUACAUAUAUGUGCAGGCAUCCAGUUACGAAUUGUCCACAACCGAAGCCUACAAAUUGCUUGGAUUGUACACUCCCACAUUCCUCAUUCCCUUCUUUAUGUGUGCCGAUAUAACUUCUCGGCUCAUUAAGAUGAGUGGCGAUUGCAAAAAAGAGAAGGUCAAUUGA